CACGGUAGGUGGCGGUAACGGGCCUGAAAGCAGAACGCCACUAGCCUUCCGUGGUAUAACGGAAAAGGAAGAAGGAGACACCGAGCGUGUUUGACUCGUCGCUAAUUUUCAAAGUUCAUAAAUGUGAGCGUCUCUCCUCAUCCUUCUUUGGUUGAGCACUGAGCGAUGGCCGGUCCAGAGCUCCUGCUGGACUCCAGCAUCCGGCUGUGGGUUGUCCUGCCCAUCGUCUUCAUCACCUUCUUUGUGGGCAUCAUCCGUCACUACGUCACCCAGCUGCUGCAGAGCGACAAGAAGAUCGACCUGGAGCAGGUUUCUGACAGUCAGGUGCUCCUGCGCAGUCGCAUCCUCAGAGAGAAUGGGAAGUACAUUCCUCGCCAGUCUUUCGCCAUGAGGAAAAAUUACUUCAACAAUGCAGAGACGGGCUUCUUCAAGAGGGUCAAGAGGAAGGUCGUCCCCAAGAACCCCAUGACUGACUCCAGCAUGGUGACGGACAUGAUGAAGGGAAAUCUGACCAACGUCCUCCCCAUGAUUUUGAUUGGUGGAUGGAUCAACUGGGCUUUCUCUGGAUUCGUGAUCACGAAGGUGCCGUUCCCUCUCACACUGAGGUUUAAGCCGAUGUUGCAGCGAGGGAUCGACCUGCUGUCUCUGGAUGCCUCCUGGGUGAGUUCGGCGUCAUGGUACUUCCUGAACGUGUUUGGGCUGAGGAGCAUGUACAGCCUCAUCCUGGGACAGGACAACGCUGCAGACCAAUCACGGAUCAUGCAGGACCAGAUGACCGGCGCUGCCAUGGCGAUGCCCCCUGACCCCAACAAGGCAUUCAAGAGCGAGUGGGAGGCGCUGGAGAUCGUGGAACAUAAGUGGGCGUUGGAGAACGUGGAGGAGGAGCUGAUGUCCAAAGACCUCAACUUUGGAAACUUCUUCAGCCAGGACCUCAAGUCCAGGAUGUCCUGAAAACAACGGGAGGCUGCGAGCUGAGGAACGUCUGCAAAAGGUUCAAGAACUCAGAACUUAAGAACUGAAUCAGAGCCCGCUGGAACCAAGAAACAAAACUUAGAAUAAAACUCUCAGUCCAAUUUUCUAAAGUUGAGAUCAGACCAAAGGUUCAUGAUAAUGUGGUUUCAAAAGGAACGUCUCUUUGUUCUUCAGGUCCCACUCCCUCUCUCUGUGCCUGCUUUGUAGUUGCAGAUAACGUGCAGUUUGAGUGAGUACAGUGACGGUGAAUAACUCGCUGCGGUUGGUGUUCUGCUUAUGUCAAAAACAUAAAUAAAAAGAGGAUCCAGACUUUGGAGCGUCCAUGGAUGCCUCAGCAGUACAACCAGGGGGCUGAUGGUGAUUUUUAUGUAGAGUUUGAGGCCUAGGAUAUCCCAUCUUUAGCCAGUGUCUCUCUUCUUUGAGCCGUCGGUUUGUUUGGAGAGAUUGAAAUCUCUUUAAUAAGCAGAGUAAACACACAUGACCGAACAUCAUUUCACCGGGGGGGACUGAUAGCGCUCUUUGAUGCCACGUUUACUCAGCAGCUUUGUGAUAUGAGGAGGAAUUUAGGUUUUAUUUUGAGUAACUUUUACAGGCGGUGUCCUGAAGACUCAGCUGAUCAGGCAAAUCCUGUCACCAGCUGACCUCUUCUCUGGGCUGCGAGGUCACUGAUUGGCUGUUAAAACGCGAUGUGCCUUAUGCUUUAAAAGCAGCUGUUGGCGUCUGAACAAACUGAAUCGCCUCAUGGACAGAUUUGUUUUCACAUGGCUGGAACACUGUCACUGGGUAGCAAAUCUCUGGUCUGACCUCAACUUUAGCCACCGAACUCCAAACGUGUGUAGCUGAUGCACCACGGCGUGCUGUAACAUAGUCAAGAACAAAGUCAAGAACUCCUUUUUAGUCUUGUAGUUCCGGUUUGUGUAUUCUGUGUUUCAGAUCGUUUUAGAGCAGCUCUGAAUCUUUCUCCAGUCGUUCCAGGGUCGCAGGUCUUUUCAGUGAAACCAGCAGAGCAGACAAAUCCUCGCAGGAAGAUGUUUGUUGGUACAGAAAUGAGAUGUUUAAAGACCAUUGGGACAUUUUAGGAGGACAGAACAAAGUUUAAACGUCAUGAUGUUGGUCCUGCAGGACGACGGACUCUCUUUGUGUUUUUUACACCAGUGAUCUAUGAUUAAUAAUUACUCAGAGUGAGCUGAGAGUAACGGAUCAAUAAAAAGUGCCAUAUGAAUAA